CUGUGGGCUUGUGGCUUUCUCACCAACCAAUCAACCAAAACUUUGCUGUAAUUUCAUAUUUACCCAAAUCAUAUUGGUUGUUUAGAACUAACGAACAAAGUGUUGAGGUGGGCAAGCGCUUCACACCCACUGGAUUCCUUCGUACAAUGAUUGCAUCAUCUUUGAGUGGUCUUUGAAUUCACACGUGUCUUUAGUGGAAUGUCAUCAGUCCCGGUUCUGACACGUGCCUGCGCCAUUACUGCGCCGUGAUGAAUCGGUUAGUUCUUCUGAAGUGAAGACCAUCGCCACAAGUAGUCUUGGGUUGACGCUCUGAUCGAGACCCGCCAUUACCCGUGAACUGCGAAGCCAUGCGUCCACGGUCCAGUCGGCGGGCCAAUCCGUGGCAAUUGGGCUUGUUGCUCUUGCUCUACGAGAUCUUGACCCAAGUGGGAUGGACCAACAUCCCUGUGGUCACGUUAGCUACUCUGCUCUGGCAAGACCGCCUUAUUUCUGGGUUACGCCCCCACUUUCUUGCCCCACAUGUACACGGAUCCCAAUCGGGCGUGUCUACGGCCGGAUCGAGUCAUUUUCCACGGGGAGUGGCAUCGAUUGUGGAGUCAUGCCUUCCUCCACGCCUCAGACAUUCAUCUCUAUUACAACAUGCUCUCGUUCAUUUGGAAAGGACGGGAUUUGGAACGACGUUAUGGACCCGUUCAUUUCGCGUUUAUCCUGGUUAUUCUCACUUGUCUGUCCGGUCUGGUGCAUGUGGGUGUGGCCUGGCGUGGGCUGAGUGUUUUGAUAGCCCGGGUCAGCUACGGCAAGCAGUAUUGGCUUCUCGGCGUGUUAUUUGCUCUGAAGGUUCUGGCUCAAGCGGGACCGAAUCAGAGUUCCAUUUUCAGUUUGGCAGCUUGGUCCGAGUUGUUCCUGAUACAAUUGUCAGUGCCCAAUGCUUCGUUUUUGGGGCACUUGUCCGGUAUUAUAGCCGGAUUGUUGUACGUGUAUGGCUCGAAAGGUAUAUUACUUAACAUUGACGCCUCUCAAAGACUUGAGUGGAUCCCCGGCCACCGUGAUAUCAUCCCUGGCCUUGACGGCCACUCAUUUGAAUAUGUUCCAAAAACCUUGGAACAAAGUAAUGUUCUGGUCGAGCCGAUCCUCUUUGGUGUGUCUGAGCAGUGAUCACAUUUUUGGCG